AGGUGCGCAGCAACGCCGGUGCAGACUCCUUCUCGGGGUUCCGAGAAGUGAGUCGUGAACCAGAGAAGAGGAGAAGACAGCACCUCCACCAAACAACAUGCCUUCGAAGAUAGGUUCCCGGCUAGCCCGGUUCCUACCGAUGAUCGGUUACCACCACGUGCUGAUGAUUAUCAUUGCGGUGGCUAUCAUUCUCCUCUCCCUAUUAUUGGCAGGAUGCUCGUCAUCCUCGCCCCAGAUCCCUAGCAUUUUUCUGAUAUCACUCUACUACGAACGAUACAGUCCCACCUUCAACCUAGCCCAAGUAGAUCCCAAUGUGGUCACAGCAACGGCGAACAUUGUAGGAGGAGCCGAAAUGGAGGUCCGCGUGGGGUAUUUCGGAAUUUGCGUGCAGCCAGAUGCGGGAUCAUAUAUUUGCAAUGCCAAUGCGACAGCUUUGGCUGAGAUUGUCACAGUCGACCAAGACCCUCUGAACCUGAUUUGGGUGGCAUCCACAUUCAAAGACGCCGUUGUGUUUCCAUACCUACUGAUUAUCGCCGUCAUCCUCGCUUUCUUCUGCUUCAUCCUGCUCGCAACAUUUCCCGGAUGGCACGAUGAGCUAGAUGCUAGUGGUUCCGAAGUUGAAGCCAAGCCGUUUCCGUCGCGACCAGUUUCGCAAGCCGCCCUUGCUCUGAUUUUCGUCGCGUCUGUGUUUGUACUCGUCUCCGUACUCUGGCAACAUACUGCAUCUGUUGCCGCGAGCACGAUCGCCCAGGAUAUGGGCAACGGCAGUGUGAAAAGUGGUGUCGGUACUUCGGCCAUGGUGCUAGGCUGGUUUGGGUUCGGCCUCAUGGUAGUUGUGACGAUAGGUCUUCUGGUCAUGAUCCUCAGUAUCAGCCUGAUCAGACAAUUGACGGACGAACCAUAAGUCGACCAAGCACUCCGCCUACAACCCACCAUUCGAUUAUUUCGCAUUUUGAUUCCCCCACCCUGAUUUUUACCGCUACGCACACCCCUUGGUUCAAUCACUUCCUCUGCUUUCUCCGACACUGCAGACCGCGGCUUUGCACGACGAAGAAACGGCAUAUACCAUAAAACUGCACGUGAAUAAUGAUGCAUACUGACAUUUGGAUUAUGGACUUUUUUUUUUUUUUUUUAUCAAUCUAUCUGGUUUUCGAUAUGAGUUUACGGAUACAGGCAUUUGGACGGGAAAUACGAG